CAAGCCACGACAACACUAACACUAUGCAAGAAGAGAAGAGCAAAGAAGAUCACAGCCGUCUGAUCAAUGUCACGGCCAAAGAUCUAACGGCCAGAAACCGACGGCUCGUGGAGGUUCCGUACACAGCAACACUCUCUCACGCAAUGAACACAUUGGUGGCUAACUCCAUCUCAGCCCUCCCAGUGGCUGCACCUCCAGGACACUGGAUUGGCGCCGGCGGUUCCAUGAUCAUGGAGUCUGACAAACAAACUGGAGUUGUAAGAAAACACUACAUCGGGAUUCUCACUAUGCUUGACAUACUUGCUCAUAUCGCCGGUGAAGAUUCCAAUCUCUCUGAUCUUGAUCGCAAGAUGAGUUCACAGGUGUCAUCCAUCAUCGGUCAUUGCCUUGAGGGACUUAGUCUCUGGACACUGAAUCCUAAUACCAGCUUGUUAGAGUGCAUGGAAGUGUUUAGCAAAGGGAUCCAUCGGGCUUUAGUGCCAGUGGAGAGCAGCAUAGAGAGCAAUAACACUAUUGCAGGAGUUGAGUUGAUUGAGUCAGCCUCUUCUUACAAGAUGCUUACUCAGAUGGAUCUCUUGCGGUUCCUCAAAGACCAUCACUUUGAUGACCUCAAGACUGUCCUCUCACGCUCCAUCUCCGAUCUUCGAGCUGUUAAUGAUUCCGUUUACGCCAUCACCGAGAGAACAACUGUUUCCAAUGCAAUCAACGUUAUGAAGGGUGCUCUGCUCAACGCUGUCCCCAUCGUUCACGCACCUGAUAUAGCACAAGAGGAUCAUCUACAGCUAAUAAAUGGGAGGUAUAGGAAAGUGAUAGGUACGUUUUCAGCAACAGAUUUAAAAGGAUGUCGUCUACCGGAGUUGCAGACGUGGCUGCCACUCACAGCUUUGGAGUUCACUGAGAAAGCUUCGGGGAAGGAGAGAGACGUGGUGAGUUGUGGUGUGGAGUCGACUAUGGAGGAAGCUAUAGAGAAAGUGGUGACCAAAGGUGUGCACAGAGUGUGGGUGAUGGACCAACAGGGUCUGCUUCAAGGAGUCGUCUCCCUCACUGAUAUCAUACGCUCCCUAAGAUCUGCUCUUUCGUAAUCAAUGAGCUCACUUCGUUUUUAGCUCUGUUGUCUUACUAUAUGUAGUCUUCUCCUUUGUAAGAUCUGCUCUUUUGUAAACAAUGAGUUCACUUCGUUUUUACCUCUUUAAUCUUGCCAUGUAAUCUUCUACUUUGGGACUUCGGUGUUAGGUAUCAUU